CUAAUUAAACAAUUAACACAUUAUCUAAUUGAUAGUAGUGCCACAUUAUGGGUGGAAUGUUCGCUAAACUGUUCUCCGGCUUGUUCGGCAAGAAAGAGAUGAGAAUAUUGAUGGUUGGUCUAGAUGCUUCCGGUAAAACUACCAUUCUUUACAAGCUGAAACUUGGAGAAAUCGUCACUACUAUCCCCACCAUUGGAUUCAACGUGGAGACAGUCGAAUAUAAGAACAUCAGUUUUACUGUGUGGGAUGUAGGCGGUCAGGAUAAAAUCAGACCUCUGUGGAGACAUUAUUUCCAGAACACUCAAGGUUUGAUAUUUGUGAUAGACAGUAACGAUCGAGAGCGUAUAGGUGAAGCUCGGGAAGAACUCGGCAAAAUGUUGAACGAAGACGAACUUAGGGACGCUGUACUUCUUUGCUUCGCCAACAAACAGGAUCUGCCUAACGCUAUGAACGCUGCUGAAGUGACAGACAAGCUGGGACUCCAUGCUCUCAGGAACCGAACAUGGUACAUCCAAGCCACAUGCGCUACCAGUGGGGACGGACUAUACGAGGGCCUCGACUGGCUGUCAAAUCAGCUCAAAAACAAGAACUAAACCUGACUGACUCCUCCUGCCUCCAUCGCGCACGUCCCCCUAUAUUAUUGAAUGUGGAACUGUGUUUUCAGAAAAGAGCGAAUGUUUGUAGUAUGGCAUGGACUUUUUAUAUGCUGCAUGAGAUCGAGCGAUAUGCUCCUACUACAUGAGCCAGAACAGGAAGCCUCUUUUCUGAACGCCCCGUAGUGGUCUUUGUUCAAUGUGUAUAAUAAUUUAAAAUUGUGUAAAGAAUAUGAGAAAAUCCUUAAUAUGAAGUAAAUUUAACGAUUUAUUAUUUCAAGUAUAGAUUGUUAAAAACCAUAACAAUGGUCUGAAGAACGUGGUCCAAAUUCUUUGCCAAUUUUUCCCCUCAAAAUAUCGAGUUUACUGCACAAUUAUUUGCUUUUUAUGUUUAAUUAUUUUUCCGUAGGACCAUAGUUAAUUUGGCUAGUCCACUUUAAUGACUGAAAGCAAUGAAAGCAACUCAAUUGUUUGAUCUGAAUAUAUCUAAUAUAUAAAUUUGAUUUUUUGAAAA